AUGCUCGGACCCAGGUUCUCGCGGACUGCCUGGGGGUUGACUCAUCUCUCUCCCUUUAACUCAAAAACUAGAACAUUCGACAAAUUUCACGGCUCCCCAACCCUGCGCAUCACACCUCCAAGCUCACGCGCGCAAACAUCCGCGAUGGCUUCAAAGCAAGACGACGAUCAAAAAUGGACGGCCAAAACUGUUCGCGACACGUUUCUCGACUAUUUUCGCAAGAAUGGCCAUACUUUCGUCGCUUCAUCACCGGUCGCUCCCCACUCCGAUCCAACGCUACUCUUCACGAACGCAGGGAUGAACCAGUUCAAAUCCAUCUUCUUGGGCACCGUGAACCCAAAUUCUGAUUUUGCACAACUGAAGAGUGCGGUCAACUCUCAAAAGUGUAUUCGCGCAGGUGGGAAACAUAACGACUUGGAUGAUGUCGGCAAGGACAGUUAUCACCACACGUUUUUCGAGAUGCUUGGCAACUGGAGCUUUGGCGAUUAUUUCAAAAAGGAGGCAAUUGGAUAUUCAUGGGAACUACUAACCCAAGUGUAUGGCUUGGAUCCUGGUCGCCUCUACGUUACCUACUUUGAAGGUAACAAGCAAGGUGGUCUUGAACCAGACUUAGAAGCCAAGGAGCUGUGGAGGGCAGUCGGUGUCCCCGAGGACCAUAUCCUCCCUGGUAAUAUGAAAGACAAUUUCUGGGAGAUGGGAGAUCAGGGGCCAUGCGGCCCUUGCAGCGAAAUUCACUACGACCGGAUUGGUGGACGCAACGCUGCCUCGCUUGUCAACCAGGAUGAUCCGAACGUCCUGGAAAUCUGGAAUAAUGUUUUCAUACAAUAUAACCGUGAGACGGAUGGUUCUCUGCGGUCUUUGCCGAAUAAGCAUGUCGACACUGGAAUGGGUUUCGAAAGGCUGGUUUCUGUGCUCCAGGAUCGGUCGUCAAAUUACGAUACCGACGUAUUCAGUCCCCUCUUCGAGACUAUUCGGAGUAUUACUGGCGCACGGGAAUAUCAGGGUCGCUUCGGCUCGGAUGAUUCGGAUGGCAUCGACACUGCGUAUCGUGUCAUUGCGGAUCACGUCCGAACCUUGUCAUUUGCGAUCUCAGACGGAGUAGUGCCAAACAAUGAGGGCCGAGGCUAUGUUAUUCGUCGAGUACUGCGCAGGGGUGCGCGGUACGCUCGGAAAUACUUCAAUGUCGAGAUUGGAAAUUUCUUUUCCAAAAUCGUGCCGACCCUUGUGGAACAGCUGGGCGAUAUGUUCCCAGAAUUGAAGCAUAAGCAACAGGAUGUGAUGGAGAUACUCGAUGAGGAAGAAAUAUCCUUUGCGAAAACACUAGACCGUGGAGAGCGUCAAUUUGAGCAGUAUGCUCAACAGGCUUCAACGACGGGAGUACAGAAACUGCACGGUGCAGAUGUUUGGAGACUUUAUGACACUUUUGGUUUCCCAGUCGAUCUGACUCGCAUCAUGGCUGAAGAGCGCGGUCUUGAAAUCGAUGACCGAGAGUUUGAAGAGGCGCGUGCGAAAGCAAAGGAGGCCAGCAAAGGGCAAAAGAAGACGACAACUGGAGCCGUCAAAUUAGAUGUUCAUGAUCUGGGAAACCUGGAAAAGAUGAAUGAUGUGCCCAAGACAGAUGAUGAUGCCAAGUUUGAGAAGGGAAACAUCACUGCUCAAAUAAAGGCAAUUUACCAUGGAAAAGCUUUCCAUUCAUCAACGAAGGAAGUACCCGAUGCGGAGCAAAUCGGCAUCAUUCUCGAUCGCACAAAUUUCUACGCCGAACAGGGUGGACAGGAAAACGAUACGGGAAGGAUCAUCAUUGAUGGACAGGCUGAACUUGAGGUUGUUGACGUUCAGCUUUAUGCCGGUUAUGUCCUGCACACCGGCUUCAUGAAAUAUGGAUCUUUUAGUGUUCAAGACACUGUCAUAUGUGAAUAUGACGAGCUCCGCCGGUGGCCUAUCCGCAAUAACCAUACCGGAACACACAUUCUUAACUUUGCAUUGAAGGAAGUUCUAGGUGAUGGAGUAGACCAGAAGGGCUCUCUUGUUUCGUCUGAGAAGUUGCGAUUCGACUUUUCCCACAAAUCACAGAUUACGGAUGCAGAAUUGGCCAAGAUUGAGGACUUGUCGACUGAUUAUAUCAGGCGCAACUGCCCUGUAUAUGCCCAAGAAGUUCCUCUCUCAAUUGCUCGACGGAUUUCCGGAGUGCGGGCCGUCUUUGGCGAGACCUAUCCCGACCCUGUCCGGGUUGUCUCCGUUGGCGCCGAGAUUGGUGAGAUUCUGAAGAAUGUGGAAGACCCGCGUUGGGAGAAGGUUAGCAUUGAGUUCUGUGGCGGAACUCAUGUCCAGAAAACGGGUGACAUUAAGGAUUUGAUCAUCUUGGAAGAGAGCGGGAUCGCCAAGGGUAUUCGGAGAAUCAUUGCCGUCACAGGAGAGGAUGCCCAUGAAGUGCAGCGCGUGGCAACGGAAUUUGAGAAGCGCCUGGAUCAGUUGGAAGCAAUGGCGUCUGGACCAGCCAAGGAGCAGAACGCUAAACAGAUCCAGGUUGAGCUUAACCAACUCUCAAUCUCUGCUUUGAAAAAAUCAAAGCUCCGUGAGCGCUUCACGCAGAUCAACAAGAAGAUCAUUGACGAGCAAAAGGCACAGCAGAAGCUCGAAUCGAAGAAGGCUUUGGAAAGCAUAACCUCGUACUUUGAGGCGGCAGAAAAUGCUGAAAAGUCCUGGCUUGUUGCCCGACUUCCCAUUUCCGCCAAUGCAAAAGCUGUCAGCGAGUCUAUAAACUACGUCAAAACAAAGCUACCAAAUAAGACUGUCUAUGUCCUCGCCGCCAGUCAGGAUGAUAGUCGUGUCGCACACGGUUGCUACGUCUCAAAGACAAUGAGCGACCAAGGCGCUUCUGCCAGUGAAUGGGCUACAGCUGUGUCUAGGGCAGUUGGAGGUAAAGCAGGCGGCAAAGGCCCCACGUCUAUUGGCAAUGGCAUUAAUCCUGACAAGGUUGAUGAUGCGAUCACUCUGGCAACGGAGUACCUAAGCAGUUUCAAGCUAUAG